AUCUUUCCGCGGAAUCAUUGUCGCCCACUGCACCCGUAUGCUCCGAAGUACGACGGAGUAUUCCGAAGAAUACUUUGUGUAUAAUAAGAGCAUAUAAAUGACACAAUCGCGCGUUCGCGCUUGUAUUUCUGAGGCACAUGCUCGUACCCGUUUGUGUCCCCGAUUGUUGAUUAUGUCAUGCGUUUGCUGCGCGAUAUAAUGCGCGAGAGUGUGUACAGAACGAAUCAACGGGGCGCACACUGUGAUUCAUCGACAGAGAUACAAGAGUGUGUUAUAUUAUGAGUGCUACUAACUGAGAGAAGAAGCAAGUAUGGCGCGUCCUAAGCACAGAGCGGCCGCAGAUGUAUGCGCUGACUGCGGAGCACUCGAACCGGGAUGGACGUCGAUAAACAGAGCUAUUUUGUUAUGCGACGAUUGUUGCGGUAUUCAUCGCAGUUUAGGACGUCAUGUGUCGCAUGUCAAGUCCUUGCAUAAAGGUGUUUGGAAUGCGCAACUACUGAACAUGGUGCAUAUGCUGAAUGACAACGGAGCUAACAGUAUUUGGGAACAUUCCCUAUUAGAUCCUAGCAAUUCCAAAAUAAAUAGAAGAAAGCCACAAGCUAAGGAUCCUUUACAUCCUGUAAAAGCAGAUUUCAUUAAAGCAAAACAUCAACAUCUGGCCUUUAUAUUGCGGCCAAGCAAGGAAGAAUGUUGUACUGAAGAAGAACUCAGUAGACAAUUGCACAGUAGUGUUCGUACAAGCAAUUUAGAAACUUCAUUGAGGCUAUUAGCACAGGGAGCUAAUCCCAAUUACUUUUAUAAGGAGAAAGGAACCACACCUUUACACGUUGCAGCUCGAGCUGGACAAGCUCUCCAAGUAGAACUUUUAAUAGCUAAUGGCGCAAAUCCAAGUGUGGUUGAUUCAAGUGGUCAGAUAGCUGCUGAUAUUGCCAAAAUGGCAGGACAUAUCGACUUAUCUGAACGCAUAAUUGAAUGUAUGUACGAAGUAACAGAUAGACUGACAUAUCAUGUAUGUUCCCGUAAGCCGAGCCAUCAGGGUGAUGAACAUCUCCUCAUUUCACAUCUUGCCAGUUUAGAGAAAAAUGAUUUAGCUUUGGAAGGAAAAAGCAGAUUACAGAUGUUACCAAAUCAUUUGCUAGAGGAAUUAGCUAUGGAUGUUUAUGACGAGGUAGAUCGUCGGGAAACAGAAGCAAUUUGGUUUACAACCGCAUCUUUGCCUGAGAAGUGCACCGUUCCUUUUCUGCCAGUUAAUCCGCAGUUGUCGUCUACUCGAAACCAAGGACGGCAAAAACUAGCAAGAUUCACGCAGAAAGAAUUCACCACCCUUAUCGUAGAUUUGUUGGUUGAGGCAGGACGGAGACAUACGCUCGCUAGCAACGCGCUUAAAAUAUCAAUUGUUGCGGUAAUUUUAGAUCCCGCGGUGUCUAUGCUACGCAAAGAGCAACUCGGUAAACACGGAUCUCAAGUGUCCGACGACGAACCUUUGUACGACAGUGUUGCAUCCGACGAUGAUUAUGCCGCUUUGACAUCCACAGAUAAUACUGUGUCCGAUGUUUCGAAUCAACUUAAAGCUAACAAGGAGGAAACGUUUGCGCCAAUGGCUAAGGGUCUCCCGUCUAUGGUGGAAGUUUUGAAGAAACAACUGACUCUGUCGGAAUCGAACGUGCGAGAUCUUCGCGAGCAGAUACACACUUUACAGAAUACCGUCGAGCAACUUACCCGAGAGAACAGCGAACUGAAACACAUGCUACAAUUGAAAGGUUCUGGCGAUAGCAAUAUAAAUGGACAUGCUGGUGGAGAACAGGAACCUGAGUUAGAACCGGUGCACGAUAUCAAAACGUCCAGUACACGCGGAAAUCAACGACCGGCAUCCAUGUACGAGACAAGAGAAGGCUUGCGAAAACCAGCACCGUGGUCAACAAACAUUUGCCAAACAAAACGCGACACGGACGCGUUAUCGCGAAAUAACACGCAAAGCUUGUGGGAAUGCGGUGCUCUUAAUUUGCCACCCAGCGAGGAGGUGAAUCGACGAACGGAACAAGUUACCAGGCGAAUUCAAGAGCUGUGGAUGGCUAUGCAGGAUCCGAGUCAGCGAGAAGCUUUUGUUCCUUGUGCCGAAAGGAUACGUGUCGCUGUCGCUGAGUUAACCGCUAUAUUUCCUCAGAAUCCAAUAGAAGAGAAUAUUAGAUCUGCGUUGCGUCAGUUGAACGGCAACACCGGGAGACUUCAGGCAGAAUGUUCCGGUCUUCAAAGGUGCACCAGCGAUGCCGAGCACAUGGAUCGUUGCCUGCAGCAAGUACGCUCAUGCGCUUACGAUAUUGCCAAAGCAACCAAGCUACUCGUUACGCAAUUUCAAAUGUAAGCUCUCUUUCUUUCUCUCGUUUUAUCGCGAAAGUAUCAAGAGCUUAAGAUUAUUUUUGUACAUUUUCAAGGAAUUGUAAAUAUUUUUGUACAGCGCCGCAAUUUCUGGACGAGGAAUGUUUUCUUCCUCUCGAGGUUUUAAUCACAAUGUUAUUGCACUUAUUUUGCAUAUUCAUUUCUUGCAAUAAUAACGUUCGUUCUCUUGUCUUCUCUUGUUUAAAAAACAUUUGAUAUAAAUAUAGAGGACAGUCUUACUUUUUUUUUUCUUUUUUUUUCUCUUUUUUUUUUUUUUUUACAAUUGUUACAAUUAUUAAAUUAUUUAAUUGCCAAGAGAGUUGGUGAAUCUAUACUCUAUUACUAACAAAUGUGUGUGUAAGCCACAUGACAUCGUUUAGCAUAUAAUUUUAUAUUACAUAUUAUCGUUUUUUUAGUAUCUGUGACAAAGACUGAAUAGCGACAAACCAAUGAGUUCUAUUAUACAUAUAUAUGGCAACUUAAGUUCUUGUUUAAUGAAUAUAAAUCUCAUUUAAGCAAAUUUUUUACUGAUAAAAGACUCAUCGUAAAGUAUGUUAAAUAAUUGUUAUAAAAAUAGAACACGUUAAAAAAAAGAAUAUAAUAUUAGUACUUCUACGAUCUGUUGCAUAUUCUUCAUGUAAUUAAUAAGAAUGUAAAAUUUGUCUAUAACUGAUGGUUUGAAAAUUUUAUUGUUGUGUUAUCAU